AUGAAAAUCCACUCAUUUGCUCUCAUCGGCGCCCUUUUUGGCUCUGCCUCUGCCUCUAGCAAUACAAAUCAGGGACUUCUCUCAAACGGCCAGGUCUCACUGGGCGAUUGGCAAGCCGCAUACGAAAACGCCUCCCAUUUCGUCUCGAAGCCGAACACCACUGAAAAGAUCAACUUGAUCACUGGAAGCAGCGAUUACUACUACGUCUCGGCGUUCAGCCAGGCUUCGGGACUGGCCAUGACCUGGGAUAAGGAUGCGAUAUACGCCCAGGCAAAGGCCGUAGCCACUGAGUUCUACCUCAAGGGCAUUCAAGUUGUCGACGGACCUACUUCUCAGCCCCUGGGUCGCACGCCCUGGGGUGGGCGAUCGGUUGAGACGUUUGGAUCGGAUCUGUACCUGAACGGCAUUGCUACCGGAUUGAGUGCUAAGGCAUACAAGGAUACGGGUGUUAUUGGAGGAGCCAAGGAGACCAACCGUACUGGAAGCAUGGGAGGAGACGUUGGUGCUGGCGGCGGUGCUGGAGGACCGCCCAGUAUGGACUCUUCUUCUUCUUCCGCCUCACCUUCCUCAAGCUCUACUGCGGCUCAGCCUUCGUCCUCCUCUGCCGGUGGAAUGGACGGCGGAGCUUCUAUGUCGUCGCCUUCCUCGUCUUCAUCCUCUGGUGCUCCUUACUCCUCCAACGCCGACACAAAGACCCUUCAUGAGAUGUACCUCUGGUCUUUCUACGAUGGAGUGCAUUCUGGCCUCGGUGGCGUGAUGUGUCUUUAG